AAUUCCUAUUGGCUCAAAUCUCACGUUAUUCCACCACCAGCCUCACUCACUCUCUCUCUCUCUCUCACUCUCUCUCUCAAUUUUCCUUUCCUCUAUCUGGAAAAUUGAAGAAGGGAAGUAUCGCAAAUCAUCCCCUGUUCCUUUGACACGGACGAUAUUGAAUUUGAACUUGUACUAUUGUUUAACGGGAACAAUGACUUCGACGGCGUUUUACUCUUCUUUCAACUCCUCAGCCACAAUUUUCUCAAGAACCCACGUCCCAAUUCCGCUCUCCAAAGAUUUAGCCCUGGAAAUUUCAUCUUCUACAGACUGCGGGCACUAUUUCAGGAGCAGGGUGAGUGGGCAAAAGAAGAGGAGGACAGAGGUGAAGGCGACCGUACCCGAAGCACCCAGAACGCUCCCAUCUGCGCAAGGCGGCGCGGUGGCGGAGGGGACUCCGCCUCCGCCGAAGAAGCUUCGGAUACUGGUGGCUGGAGGUGGAAUUGGCGGGCUGGUUUUCGCUUUGGCGGCGAAGAGGAAGGGGUUUGAGGUAGUAGUGUUUGAGAAAGACGUGAGUGCCAUUAGAGGGGAGGGACAGUACAGAGGUCCGAUUCAGAUACAGAGUAAUGCCUUGGCUGCGCUUGAAGCUAUUGAUUUGGAUGUUGCUGAGGAAGUUAUGAAGGCUGGGUGCAUCACGGGCGAUCGAAUUAAUGGGUUGGUUGAUGGGUUGUCUGGCACUUGGUACGUCAAGUUUGAUACAUUCACUCCUGCAGUGGAACGGGGGCUUCCAGUCACAAGAGUUAUUAGCCGAAUGACUUUGCAACAAAUCUUGGCUAGUACAGUUGGGGAUGAAGUCAUUUUUAAUGACAGUAAUGUUGUUGAUUUUAAGGAUGAUGGAGAAAAGGUUGCAGUGAUGCUUGAAAAUGGGCAACGUUAUGAAGGUGAUCUUCUCAUUGGAGCUGAUGGAAUAUGGUCGAAGGUGAGGAAGAACUUGUUUGGGCUCAAAGAGGCUAUAUACUCAGGCUACACUUGUUACACUGGCCUUGCAGAUUUUGUGCCUGCAGAUAUUGAAACUGUUGGGUACCGAGUAUUUCUGGGACACAAACAAUACUUUGUUUCUUCAGAUGUGGGUGCAGGAAAGAUGCAGUGGUAUGGAUUUCACAAGGAAUCACCUGGUGGUGUAGACAUUCCUAAUGGGAAAAAGGAAAGGUUGCUUGAAAUAUUUGGAGGCUGGUGUGAUAAUGUGAUAGAUUUGAUUCAUGCUACGGAUGAAGCAGCAAUUCUUCGACGAGACAUAUAUGACCGGAUACCCAUUUUUAGUUGGGGAAGAGGUCGUGUGACUCUGCUUGGUGAUUCCGUCCAUGCCAUGCAACCAAAUAUGGGUCAAGGAGGAUGCAUGGCUAUAGAGGAUAGCUAUCAACUUGCAUUGGAGCUUGAUAAGGCAUGGAGACGAAGCAUUGAAUUAGGAACACCCGUGGAUGUUGUUUCCUCCCUAAAGAGCUAUGAGAGCGCUAGAAGACUGAGGGUUGCCACCAUCCAUGGAAUGGCAAGAAUGGCCGCAGUGAUGGCUUCAACAUACAAGGCAUACUUGGGUGUAGGGCUUGGUCCUUUGUCGUUUAUGACCAAGUUUCGAAUACCACAUCCUGGAAGAGUUGGUGGGAGAAUUUUUAUUGAUCUAGCAAUGCCUGUAAUGCUCAGUUGGGUUUUGGGUGGUAACAGUUCAAAGCUUGAAGGAAGGGCACCCUGUUGCAGACUCUCAGACAAAGCAAAUGACCAUUUACAAAGAUGGUUUGAGGAUGACGAUGCACUGGAGCGUGCUCUUAAUGGAGAGUGGUUUCUUUUCCCACUUGGAAAUGAGACGGGUGAUUUACAACCUAUUUGUUUAAGUAGGGACGAGAACAGACCUUGUGUAGUUGGGAGUGUGUCACAUAAAAAUUUUCCAGGAAUAUCAGUGGUCAUAACCUCGCCCCAGGUUUCCAGAAUGCAUGCUCGUAUCAGCUGCAACGAUGGGGCAUUUUUUGUGACUGAUUUGCAGAGUGAACAUGGAACCUGGAUCAUUAAUAAUGAAGGAAGGAAAUAUCGGGCACAACCAAAUUUUCCUGUUCGAUUCCAUCCAUCAGACGUUAUUGAAUUCGGUCAUGAUAAAAAGGCUGCAUUUCGAGUUAAGGUUAUGAAGGUUCCACAAAACGCUGGAGGGAAGAAGGAAGAGAAUGAAGUUUUUCAGGCGGCCUGAUGAUCAUGGGCUACCCCUUUUCUAUUUUAUUUUAUAUUUUUGGGUCUCACACAAGAAUUGUACAGGAUUUAUAAAGGCCAAGCAAAUCAAUUGAAAGCUGCAGCAUUUUGUACAAAUACUGGAACAGAAGAGAGCCUUACAUUUUAAGGGAAAUACUGAAAUUAUUGUACUAAGUAUAGUGGAAAAAAAAAAAGGAAAUUUGAUGCC